AUGAUCGCAAUUGGCAUGGAAGGCUCGGCCAACAAGCUGGGAAUUGGCAUUAUGCUGCAUCCCAAGGAUGGCAGCCCCCCGCAGGUCCUCGCCAACAUCCGUCACACCUAUGUCUCCCCACCAGGCGAGGGGUUUCUGCCUAAGGACACUGCGCGCCACCACCGCGCGUGGGUUGUGAAGCUUGUCAAGCAAGCGUUGAAGGAAGCUCGAGUAUCAGUUGACGAUGUUGACUGCAUUUGCUUCACCCAGGGACCAGGAAUGGGUGCCCCGCUACAAAGCGUGGUAGUUGCUGCACGGAUGUUGAGUCUGCUCUGGGGCAAGGAAUUGGUCGGAGUGAACCACUGUGUUGGACAUAUUGAAAUGGGCCGCCUUAUUACUGGCGCGACAAAUCCAGUCGUGCUAUAUGUCUCCGGUGGAAACACACAAGUCAUCGCAUACAGCUCACAGAGAUAUCGUAUCUUCGGCGAGACACUCGACAUGGCAGUAGGAAACUGUCUAGACCGGUUUGCGCGCACUCUGCACAUCUCCAACGACCCAGCACCGGGAUACAACAUUGAGCAGCUAGCAAAGCAAGGAAAGCAGCUAGUCGACCUCCCAUACGUCGUGAAAGGCAUGGAUUGUUCGUUCUCAGGUAUUCUCGCAGCAAUUGAUGGUCUCGCCCGAGAGUGGGGGCUAGGCGGGGAAGAAAAGGCGAAGGAAGACGAAAAGAAUAUCCAGAAGAGCGUUAUUGCUGCGAAUGAGGGUCUGGAGAGCACGCCUACCCGCGCGGACUUGUGCUUCUCCCUCCAGGAAACUGUUUUCUCCAUGCUUGUUGAGAUCACUGAGCGCGCUAUGGCGCAUGUUGGCUCAAAGCAGGUUCUUAUUGUUGGUGGUGUUGGUUCCAAUGAGAGACUGCAGGAGAUGAUGGGAAUUAUGGCACGGGAUCGUGGUGGCAGUGUUUAUGCUACGGAUGAACGGUUCUGCAUUGAUAAUGGCAUUAUGAUUGCGCAGGCUGGUAUGCUUGCAUACGGGACGGGCUAUCGGACUCCCUUGGAAAAGUCUACGUGCACGCAGCGAUUCCGGACGGACGAGGUGUUUGUCAAGUGGCGGAAUUGA